AGUUUGGACAUGAGUAGACUAGUAUGUGUGCAAUAACAGAAGUGGGCGUGGGCAAAAAGGACGAUAAACACAGUAGCACUAUCCCAGGAAUAAUGUGCAGGGGCGCAACCCGGUGCAUAUAUCGGCGUGUAUAUUCGGAUACUGCCGCAGCCCGCAGCCUUUUUUUCAUGCACGGCUGUACUGUUUCGAUGUCCGGAGGCAUUGGAUUCUAAAGAAUAAAGUGCUUUCAAAAGAACUUCCGCAUGUUUUAUGCUACUGUGUUGGUGCUUUGUGUUAUCAAGCUUUGAUAUUAGGUGGUUUCUAAUCGCGGGAAUACAAGAGAAGAGAUUUCCUUGCUUCAGGAAAAAAUGGCUGCCUUGAAAGUUCCGAAGGAUGAGCGCCAGGAACAGGUGGUAUUGGCUCGGCAGUUGGAGUCGGCUGCUACCGUUCAGCUACACGGAGCUACUGUGACAUCACUUUCAUUGAAUGGAUGUGAUAGAUUAUUUUUAAGUGAGAAAGCAGUGUUUAAUAACAAGAAAGCAAUCAGGGGUGGUAUUCCAGUCAUCUUUCCUCAAUUUGGUCCAUGGGAUAAAGGAGCUCAGCAUGGCUUUGCAAGGAUAACACCAUGGGUCCUCACUGACAAGCAAACAGAUCCUAAAAAGGAAGUGCUUUGUACAUUCGAGCUGGAGGAUAAUCUAGAAACAAGGAGUAUAUGGAAUCAUAAGUUCAAGGUUAAGUACACAGUUUCCCUAAAGAAAAAGAAUGCUCUCUUUGACUUCAGUGUGACAAAUACAGGUUUGGAAAAAUUUGAUUUUACUUGUCUUCUUCACACAUACUUCCGGGUCGAUGAUAUAGCCAAUGUAUCAAUAACAGGUCUUAAUGGAUUAGAGUAUGUAGACAAGAUACGAGGGGGCGCCACAUUCACCGAAGACAGAGAGCUGGUCACAGUUGAUGGUAAUUACGACAGAGUAUACAAGCAAACACCUAAUAAACAUGAAAUCAGGAACACCAUAGAUGGAGCUACCAUCGUCUUGGAGAAAAACAACUUUCCAGAUACGGUGGUAUGGAAUCCAUGGGCAGAGAAGGCCAAACAGAUGAGUGACUUUGGCGAUGAUGAGUAUACCAAAAUGAUAUGUGUAGAAGCUGGCUAUGUCUCCACACCGGUUACACUACAACCUGAGCAAACAUUCUACGCGAGUCAGACCAUCGGUGUUAAAUAAUUUGCUUCAUGAGAUGGUUUUUUUUUAAUGAAAUAGAAGGUCUUCCAAAAGCUUAAAAGGAAAUUCUUUGCAUACCAGAGCACAGCUGUUCCAUAGUUACGUUUGUGAGAUUUUUUUUAGAAAAUAGUUUGCCUACCAAAGGAUUAAAAGGGAAAUUUCAACUUAUCUGCAUAGGACCUGAAAAAAAAGAAUCAAUAAAAUUCAUUCUUUAAUAAUAGCAUACUGUAGCUUGGCUUGAAUUGUUCCAUUAUCUUUUGAUGAAGACUUUGGUUUAUGUCAAGUUCAAUUUAAAUUAAGGAUCAUGGUUUUGUUGUCAGAUUAUGUUGCAUUAUGGGUAUUUUUCAUAUACCCUGUAUAAGUUGAUGGUGCAUUAUGGGUAUUUUUAACAUAUCGAGACAUCUUGAGAACAUGGUAGCACUCAUAAUUGCAUAAUACUAAAUUCAAGCUGAACUGUACAAUAUAUCAACACACAUAUGUGCUUGAGGGGGAAAUGAAAACAAAAAUCAAAUAAAAAAUAAGGAUUAAAAACUGAGGAAUGAUGGAAAUGGAAUAUCUUUUGCAUCUGACAUCCAAGUCUGCAAUUAAAUGAACACUCAUUGUACCUACUCUCUGUACAGACUCUGACAAUAAUGAUUUUUAGCAGAAGUGUAAUUCAUAUUUUGAUACUAAAUUCAAUAUGUACAGAUAUGAGAUGUGAUGGUUCUAUAAACCUGAUUCUCAUUUUGAUUUGAGUGUUUUAUGUAGUCCUUUCACAGCAAUUUUGAUAAUUUUUAUACUCUUUUUCUAAUCAGACAGUUAUUAGAACUAAAAUUAUUUUUUUACCAUUAGAAAAUUGUCGACAUUGUGUUUCACGCCAUCAGAGGUAGAUACAAUCUAUGUACAUGUAAUGUAACAGAGGAUAUUGAAGGAGUAUACAGUUCUAAGUUUGUACGUAAAUAAUGGGUAAAUGAAAUACAUCUCACUUAUUUUAUGAUAACGAGUGUUAAGGAUCACUUUUUUUUCUAGUAGUAUGCAUACAGUUUGGUUUUACUGUACAAUGAUGUAUGUUUUAUUGCUCAAUUUUGUUUAUCUCACUCUGAAUUUUUAAUGGUAUGUUGGAAUGACAGGCAGGCCAUUUGAAUGGAAUAGUUCACAAUUUUUUACAUUAUAUGACAAAGACUAAUAUUUCUAUUAUGAAACAUUGGGCAGAUCGAGAAGUGGGAGCACAGAGGGAAUAUGCCCAUCCUUUUUUGGCAACAAGUUGUAUAUUGUUGCUCUCUAGUUGUGGGAGAAUUGCCCAUUUUUCAGAAUUUAAGCUGCUCACCUUUAAAUAGAGAAGAAAAAUUCUGCACUUUUGCUUAAAAAAAAAAAAUGAAUAGAUUUUGAGCUCCCCAGCCCCUUUUAUAAAAUCUUGGAUCUGCCUUUGAUCUCAGCAGAUGACUGCAAAGAAAGAGUAUUUAUUUUAAAUACUGAAUCGUAACUUUUGUCUUUGUUUAUUUUUUUCUUUUUUUUUGUCUUUUUAGCUGUUUAUGUCACUAAUCUUCUAUAAAAGAUAAUAAUAUAUGAUUUAUUAUUCAGAGACUGAAUAUAUUUGGCCAUGUGGCUUUUCAUUAGCAGUACAAUCUUGUCUUUCAAACAAAUUGCAAUGGAUACAGAGAAGUUUUGAUUUGCUUUACUUAAAAUUUGAAAAAAAUAUAUAUAUAUUUACCACAUGUAUUGCUUCACUAACAAAUAUGUUUGUUUUUUCCUGAAUGGUAAUCAUUAGAAUUUUGAAAAUUUAUCAUUGUGAAUGCAAUAAUUUGAGACGAAAGGCUGAAAUUGAAUAUUUUAUUUAAAAAAAAAUCCAAGUUGAUGUUAUACAAUAAUCAUGUAUUCAGCAUGAAAACCGUGAAUUUACAUCUUUAAUUGUUAGCGUCAUGUGAUAUUUUUUAAUGAUGUAUUUUGCUAUCUGUAUAUUUUGUGCUUUUAAAAAUUUUACAAAUUUAAGUUUGUGCAAUUUCAAUGUUUUUUUUAUGACACAAUUUUGACCCCCGAUCCAUUCCAGUGUAAUAUCAUUACAACAUACAAGACUGCCAUUAGGACCCCAUGGAGGUGAGAUUAUAGAUAUCAAAUCCAUACAUGGAAAUGGUAACUUGUAUGCCAUCAUUCUUAUAGAAAACCUUUGACCCCUUUUCAGGCACAGUACAAAUGCUCAGAACAUUUUACAGAAGGUCCCAGACACGACAAAACAACAUUUGCAACAUUUUCUAUAUAGGUUGAAUCAAUUUUUUGCAUAUCAGUUCAUUAACCCGUUGCAAACUGAGCCCACGUAUAUGCGACCUUGAGUCUAUGGAAUACAUGUGUUAUAACAAAAUCAUUUUGUCUACUAUGAGAACAUGCAUCAUAGAUGUCAACUCUUUAAAAAAUUGCCAAAUCUUCACCAUAUGUUUUUUGUAUUUUCUGCUUUUAUGAAAAAAUUAGCAAAUUGUACAUACAAAUGGCAAUAUACUAUUGAAUCACUAUAUAUCAUUGAAUCAAUCAAGUCUGCGGAAAUCAAAAUUUUUGAGACUUGGAAGAUGUCAAUAACAUAUUUGCAUAUGUUUCCCCCACCCCCC